UACCCCGUUCAUCUCUCCUUUCUACCAUCAACUUAUCCUGCGCUUUCUGUUCUCCUUCGAUUUUUGAAUCUCUAACCGUAAAGCAAAGACACAUCCACAGAGACAGUAUGAAUGUUCUAGGAAAAUCAAUCAGACCUACAUUUGAAGAGCUACAAAUUGAUGAAAAUGCCAAAAAAAGUGAUGUUGUUCAGUUACAAGUCGUAGAGAAAUUAGCGGACAAUGAUAUUCUUGGUGUUUAUUAUGAUUAUCUCAAGCAAAAGGACAUAAAUGCAAGUGAAUUAUUGAAGUCAAGGCAUAUGGAAAUAGAUUAUCUUCAAUCUAUUGUUACCAAAGCCGAAAAUGCAUUAUCUAUUGACGGUAUCAAAAAUCAGAUAUGUGACCUAGAAAAUAAGAUAAAACAUGAUGUUCUUGCAUUGGAGGUAAGGAAAAAGCUCAAGCGUGAAAUCUCUCGACUGAGCCAACGUCGCGAAAAAUUAUCUUCUUCUUCUUUCUUUGAUAUCAAAGACGAAGAUGGAAUCAGGCAGUAUCGUGAAGUGAGAGACGAGGCCGAAGAUUUUUUAAAGGUUGUUUCACGCAAGGAGCUUGAUAUAUUUAAUGAGAGUUCCAUAAAAGCUAAAGCAGCUGUUACGGAAUUCAAGAAAAAAUGUGAUGAUGCUGCUGAACAAGUGGAAAAACUCCAAGCCAAUUACAUAGCUGCCUCUGAUGAAAAUGCCAAAAAAAGUGAUGUUAUUCAGUUACAAGUCGUAGAGAAAUUAGCGGACAAUGAUAUUCUUGGUGUUUAUUAUGAUUAUCUCAAGCAAAAGGACAUAAAUGCAAGUGAAUUAUUGAAGUCAAGGCAUAUGGAAAUAGAUUAUCUUCAAUCUAUUGUUACCAAAGCCGGAAAUGCAUUAUCUAUUGACGGUAUCAAAAAUCAGAUAUGUGACCUAGAAAAUAAGAUAAAACAUGAUGUUCUUGCAUUGGAGGUAAGGAAAAAGCUCAAGCGUGAAAUCUCUCGACUGAGCCAACGUCGCGAAAAAUUAUCUUCUUCUUCUUUCUUUGAUAUCAAAGACGAAGAUGGAAUCAGGCAGUAUCGUGAAGUGAGAGACGAGGCCGAAGAUUUUUUAAAGAAUUGCCACAGCAAAGACACAUCCACAGAGACAGUAUGAAUGUUCUAGGAAAAUCAAUCAGACCUACAUUUGAAGAGCUACAAAUUGAUGAAAAUGCCAAAAAAAGUGAUGUUGUUCAGUUACAAGUCGUAGAG